AUGAGAACCAACUACAGCCUUCAGAAACUCACGUCAUCGAUGUUGGAGAAGUGGAUGAGGAAGUUGUUCGGUGGUGGUCUGCGAUACUCAAUAACGGAUGGGAAGGCAUUCUGGGUUAAAAAUCCAAUCGCAAAUUCCUCGCCCCGUGAACAAUUUCUCGCACAUAUCAAACAUCGUUUGCCAUUAAACAAAGAGGAUAUUCUUCUGCCUUCAUCAACACACCUUUAUCUUCAGAAAGGGCUUAUAAAGCCCUUACGGAGUUUGCAUGUUUACAUAGAUUGGGCAGUCAAUUCCCAAGCUCAGCUGGUGGUAAGAAGUCAACCGCUCCUAUCGAUGUUAUACCGUCGACGUGGGAGAGUUUCUCCUUACUACAUUACUCUGAGUUGCAGUCCGGAGGUGAUAAUAUCAGCUCUUUGUGGGUCAUUCUGGAAACCUGAUGUUCCUUGCAAUCUCGUAAGCUCAUGGUUACAUCCAGUCCUGAAUGAGGUCUUGGGUAUCGCAUCUUUUACAAUGGGCCACGAUCAGGGAAUUCUUGCUUUGGUAGGUGCAAUUCGCCGUCUAGGUUUGAGUGCACUUUGGAUCGGAGCAGUUGCAAGUGGGCUAGGACCAGUGGUUCUUAAAAAUGCAGGCUGCCUCUCGAUCCACUUGCACAUCCAUGAACUGGCUAUCCGCAAAGUUUCAUGGAAAUUGCAGGUUCGGGUCCAUAUACUUGUAAAAAUUCUGAAUCUAUCUCAAGGGCAGACGUGUGGCGCUUACUACAUCUCCCUUCGGUUGAAGAAGAUGACCUUUGCUAUAAAUACGGGCCCUCGACACCUUGGGCUCCCUGUGGGGUAA